GCGCUGACAUGUGAUAUGACUACAAGCCCCAUACUAAACCGACACCUGACUGGCAACAGAAUUGUAAUGUCUGCCGUUAAGAAGGAAGGAAGAGUCGCAGAGAUGGAAAACAGAGAGAAAAACACGCAUUUGUCCACAAGUUGUGACGGACAGCUAGAUCGACUCAUCCCCUUAAUGAGCGCAAGUCUUACGCCGAGGAAGAGGACCACUAGCCAGUGCAAGUCUGAGCCUCCCCUCCUUCGUACAUCCAAAAGAACCAUCUAUACAGCUGGACGUCCACCUUGGUACAAUGAACAUGGAACACAGUCCAAAGAAGCAUUUGUUAUUGGUCUUUGUGGUGGCAGUGCUUCAGGAAAAACAACCGUUGCAAGGAAAAUCAUCGAGGCUCUAGAUGUUCCCUGGGUCGUCCUGCUCUCAAUGGAUUCUUUCUAUAAGGUCCUGACCCCUGAGCAGCAAACUCUGGCCGCCAGCAAUGAUUACAAUUUUGACCACCCUGAUGCCUUUGACUUUGACCUGCUGACGAACACCGUUCGCAAACUCAAAAAGGGCAAGAGCGUGAAAAUCCCUGUGUAUGACUUUACAACUCACGGUAGACAAAAAGAGUGGAAAACCGUUUAUGGAGCCAGUGUUAUUAUCUUUGAAGGAAUAAUGGCCUUUGCUGAUAAAUCACUUUUGCAGCUGCUGGACAUGAAGAUUUUCGUGGACACGGACUCUGACAUUCGAUUAGUACGUCGUUUGAGGAGGGACAUCACAGAGAGGGGAAGAGACAUCGAAGGGGUCAUCAAACAGUACAACAAGUUUGUCAAGCCCGCAUUUGAGCAGUACAUCGAGCCGACCAUGCGCUUGGCUGACAUCGUGGUGCCACGUGGUGGUGGUAACAUGGUGGCCAUUGAUUUAAUCGUGCAGCAUGUUCACAGUCAAUUGGAGGAGAGGAAACUGCGCUGGGAUAUGGCAGCGCUGGCAUCUGCACACCAGGCCCAGCCGCUCCCUCAGACCCUUAGCGUUCUGGAGAGCACACCCCAGGUCAAGGGAAUGCACACCAUUAUAAGAAAUAAGGAAACGAGCCGUGAUGAAUUUAUCUUCUACUCCAAACGAUUGAUGCGUCUGCUGAUUGAACGAGCGCUCUCCUUCCUCCCGUCCCAGGUCCACAUAGUGCAGACUCCUCAAGGAGAGGAUUAUGAAGGCAAGGCUUUCCUUGGGAAGAGGAUCACAGGUGUGUCCAUCCUGCGUGCUGGGGAGACCAUGGAACCAGCUUUGAGGGCUGUGUGCAAAGACGUUCGCAUUGGCAAGAUUCUCAUCCAGACCAACCAAGACACAGGAGAACCUGAGCUUCAUUACCUGCGUCUCCCUAAAGACAUAAGCAAGGAUCAUGUGAUUCUGAUGGAUUGUACUGUGUCAACAGGAGCUGCUGCUAUGAUGGCUGUACGAGUUCUGCUGGACCAUGAUGUCCAGGAAGAAAAGAUCAUGCUAGUGUCUCUUCUCAUGGCAGAAAUGGGGGUUCAUUCAGUGGCCUAUGCUUUCCCGCAGGUGAAAAUCAUCACAACUGCCGUUGACAAGACAGUCAAUGAUCUCUUUCAUAUCGUUCCUGGAAUAGGAAACUUUGGAGAUCGCUACUUUGGAACAGAUGCUCCCCCUGACUGGAGUGACGAAGAGAUGGAUGAGCCCAGUUACUGAGUAGGCUAUCACGACAGCACCUUCCGAAGGACACACUGGCCCUAGAUGUUGUUUAGACUAGUCUGGGGGAAAAAAAAAAAAAAAAAAAAUCAUGACUUAAUUAUUUUAUCUGUUGUAAAUACUGUUGUGAAAAGGGACAUCUGUAAGUCUAAUGUAUUUAUAUUUAUGUCAAAUAAUUUAUAAAGUCCAAAUUUUUUCAAUCAUUUUUAAAAAAAAAUUCAACGAUAACACACGGUCCUGUUUAAUUACCGACAGUAAGCUUUACAUUUAGUUCUAGUUUACAACAGAGAACAAUGAAUGAAAAUCAAAUUCCAGAUACAACGAUACGCCGAUAAACCGCACCGUCGCUUCCGUAGUGCUUGUGUGUACUUUGAAUAUAGAAUGUAAAAACUGCACAUUGCUGUUAAAACACAACGAUCCUUCAAAUGGGCUUCUGAUGGCAUACUUCGUAAUGCUAAUGUAAUUCUUUUUGCCUUUCAUUUUAUAGUUUAUCAUGCAGUGUGAGAUUCAAUGGUUGUUAUCGUUGGCGCUUGCCAAUGCAAAGUGCAGCGCCACUGAAUACAACGCUGGUCCCUGUAGUACAUAUUUCAGGCCUGUAUGUGGCGCUGUGUCCCCCCCCCCGCUCGAACAUACAUAACACCAGAAUAAGUUCAGACGUUAUUAGCUGUAGCGCAUCAAGUAGCCCAAUUAGCCUCUCUAGCACGGUCAGAAGUAGCCUGGCAUUCGCCAUUGCGACUGUGGGAAAAGGUUACAGAGAAGCGGGGCUUACCAGAUUGUUUGUGAAGUUCUCCAACUUUUCCACUUUGGAACUGCAACCGGAGAGCACGAAGUCCCUCCCCGCCAUGUUCCAAAUGCGUUAUUGCUCCGGGAUCCGUAGUCGUAUCGCAGCCUUGGGACCCAAAGCCAUUCGCGACAGGAAGUCUCGCCUCCAUCGCGACGCUAAGCAUCAGAAUCCACUGCUCAAAAACCCUUCUGCAUACACAUUUCCUCGCCUUCUUCCUCAUGUGCAAAUCACUCCCUGCUUCAUUAAGGCACCUGGACUGAUAACCUCGCACCUUUAUUCAGUAUCGUUCGUUAUUUAUUCUUUUACUGCGGAGAGUUUUAACUGAAAGUGUCGGAGUGGUACCUCUACACCGAGCGACAAAGUAUGGUUGUAAUGCUUUAAGUCUACAGACUUGCGUCUUUGCCUUGGAAACCUGUGGAUAAUUUUGUACUGGUGAAUGAUUCGGAAAAUAAACAGAGCUGGUCGCCGACCGGCUUCCUUUCAA